ACUGUUCCAUCCCCUGCUCCAUCAAACCACCCGUCACUCAUCAUCCAUCAUCCCGUCAUCUUAUUGCUUCACUGCGUCUCGCGGCUAUACAGAACCCGUAAUUCCUACAGCGAGAAUGGGCCUCGUCGACUACUCCGACUCGGAGUCCGAUUCCGAACCCGUCACGAAGCCUGCGCCACCACCGCCACAACCGGCCGCAACACCAGCACCAGCGGCAUCAGCGCCGAGCGGCAAGAAGGCCUUCCAGAAGGUAGUCGACCGGUCAAAGCCGGGCAAGAUCCUUGUGAAUCUCCCCCAGAGCUCGAGCCUCAAAGCAAGCGAAGACGAUAAGAGCGAUGAACCGCUAGCGAAGCGCGCAAGGGCGGCAGCCGGCCGAGGAGGCGGCGCGUUCGGCGGCUUCAACGCGCUUCUCCCGCCCCCGAAGAACACCAGAAAUCCUGCCCCGACGAGCAGCACGAGCAGUAGCAAUAAAUUGGCACCGCGCCCCGGAGUUCACCUGAGGACCAGCGCCGCACCGGGUUUCAGCAGGCGGCCCGAUGGCGACGGCGACGGCGACGGCGACGUAGAGGCGUCCGACACCGCGAUAGGGAACACGCACUCGCCAUCCAUACCCGCCGAGCAGAAGCCCGCCGAAGAAGUGAAACUAGUAGGCAAGCCGCUCAUGUUCAAGCCACUGUCGGUGUCGAGGAAGCCGGCGAAGAAGAAGAAGAGCGCAUCGAGCUCUGCCACGCCGGCGUCAAAAGCCGCCGGGGCGAGUCCCGCAGCGCCGAAAUCCCAAACGAACCUACUACACGAACCCUCGCCGGCGGGAGACGGCGCGUCGCAGCCCCCGGCGAAGAAGCAGAAACUGUCGCUCUUCUCGAUCCCCGACGAGCCCCCCGAGGAAACACCCGACCACACCAGCCCCAGCGGGAGCGGCAUCUACGAGCCCAUGUUCGGCGGCGACGGAGAAGAGCCGGCCGCCUCGGACGACUUCGCGGCCUACGACGCGCAGUACGCCGCGCAGUCGGCGGGCGGCGGCGGCGCCGAUGUCGCCCCCGGCGCCGACGCGGACUCGCUGGACGCGAUCGCGGCGUCGAUGAACCUGUCGGCGGCGGCGCGGCGGGAGCUGUUCGGGCGCGGGGGGCGGCCGGAGGCCGGGGGCGGCGCCGUGCUCAGCUUCGACACGGAGCGCGAGUACGCGCACAACGAGCGGCUGCGCGCGUCGGGCGAGCUCGACGCCCAGGCGCACAACCCGCUGCGCGCCGUCGCCACCGGCGGCAAGCACAGCCUGCGCCAGCUCGUCGCCCGCGCCCAGGGCCAGCGCGCGGCCCUCGAGGAGAGCUUCGCCCGCGGCCGGACCAACCGCCAGGACGCCGGGUCCCGCUACGGGUGGCGCUGACGGGCCGCGGUCGCGGGCUUGGUUGUUUGGUGUUGUCGGGUCUACGUCGGCGCUGAUUCUAGCGUGCCCCUGUACAACUAGCCGCGAGGAGACGGGCGGAGGCAUUGUAUGUAGGUUCGUAGCACGGCAUAACGCAGCGCGGGGAGUCACGAUGUUGUUUGUCUUGCGGCGCUCGAAAGGGAAGCAUCGAAAUAGGAUGGAUGAUAUGCACGAGUU